UUCUAGUUACCUUGCACUUCUCAUAGUCUUAGUUCUAGACUUCUAGCAGUCCAACUUACAGUUCAGCUGGCGAUUCUUCUUCUCCCUCCAAGACAAACCAUACCUGCUACUGAGAUUAAUGUUUAGUCCAUUCAUCCAUUAGCUUUGUGAAUUAGAUUGCUCUCCCUCUGUUUCCACUACUCUCUUAUUCUUUUCUUAUCAAACUUUACAUAUCCCGUAAAUUAUAUUCGGUUUUCACAUAAACCCUGAACUUUUAUAACCAUCAAUCUGUUCCAAUCCCACAGAACAAAUAGAAGAGUUGGCAGGGUUUAGGGUUUAUAGCGAAGAAGAUGAGUGGGGUAGGAAAGCCUGACUUUUUCUACAGAGAAGCUCAGCGCCUGGGUUAUGUAGCUCGCUCCGCCUUCAAGCUGCUUCAGAUUCAAAAGCAGUACAAGCUCAUAACACCAGGCUCCUCUGUUCUUGACCUAGGUUGUGCCCCUGGUGCUUGGCUUCAGGUGGCUUGUCAGAGCUUGGGUCCUAUCAAAAAUGGUGGCCUUGUUGUUGGGAUUGAUCUCAAGAAGGUGAAGGUUCCAGCUAUGCAUUGUGAUUCAAGGGUUCAAACUGUUUGUGCUGAUGUUAUGAAGCUCCCUAAAACCUCAGUCAGGGAACUUUCUCCACAGAAAGGGUUUUCUGUGAUACUCUCAGAUAUGUGUCCCCUCGUUUCUGGAAUAGCAAGUAAAGAUGCAGCUUUAUCCCUCGAGUUAGGCAUGCAAGCACUGGAUUUGGCUGUUGGUGGAGCAGCAUUAGCUAAUUCCAACGAUGAAACUGAAGAAGAAAAUGUCGGUGAAUCUAAUACAAGUUCAGAUGUUAAUGGUGUAUUGAGAAGGGGCGGUCAUCUUGUCAUAAAGCUUUUAGAGAGUGAAGAUGUGCAAGAUUUUAACCGCAUCUGCAAACCACUGUUUAGAAAGGCAUCAUUGCUGAGGCCUAAAGCUACACGAUCGACAUCAAGAGAGAUUUAUUUGAUAUGUCAAGGUCUGCAGUCACAAGCUAGAACAUAGAAGCCAGAAUGUACCCAAAUUGCAAGUCCAACAGAUUGAAUGAGAAUGAUGUAGCAGGAAAUUCCAGUUAUCUGCAGUCAUUUAUUUAUAGAAGGACAACUUGAGUCUCAAAUCAU